AUGAGUAUAAAUGAUGAAUUAUUUAGUGCUAUAAACGUAGGAAACUACAAUGAAGUUAAGACUCUUGUAGAUAAAAGGGCUGAUCUUAAUGCUAGAGAUCAUGGAAUGACUCCUUUGCACAAAGCUGCUGAUUCUUCUAGCAACUUAGAUAUAGUAAAGUAUCUUGUAGAAAAAGGUGCUGACGUUAACGCUAAAGCUGGUAAAUAUAGUGAUUCUGACGUAAAUGACGAUUACGAGGGGUAUACUCCUCUGCAAAGAGCCGUUAUACGUUCUCACUUAGAUAUAGCAAAGUAUCUCGUAGAAAAAGGUGCUGAUGUUAAUGCUAAAGAUAGUUGGGGGCAGACUCCUUUAUGGGAAGCUGUUCGUAUUUUUGGCGGCUUAGAUACAGUAAAAUAUCUUAUAGAAAAAGGUGCUGACAUUGAUGCAAAAGAUUGUAAUGGAUCUUCUAUCUUGCACGAGGCUGUUAUUUCUUCUUGUUCUAUAGGAACAGCGAGUGUAAAGCAUCUUAUAGAAAAAGGUGCUAAUGUUAAUGCUAAAAGUAAUAGUGGAAGGACUCCCUUAUUUGGAUAUGUUAGUUUUCCCUUCUUAGAUAUGGUAAAGUAUCUUGUAGAAAAAGGCGCUGAUGUUAAUGUUACUCAGGAUAGGGAUGGAAAUACCAUCUUGCACUAUGCUGCUAAUAUUUACAAGAAGGACUCAUACCGUUGUGGUGAUAGUUUGUUCGAAAAUUCCCCUAAAAAAUUCAGUGUAAUAAGGUAUCUCAUAGAAAAAGGUGCUGAUAUUAACUCUAAAAAUAAUAUGGGUUUUACACCUUUAUACAAAGCCGUUCAAGAAGGUAAUGUGGAUAUAAUUAAGUUGUUUAUAGAUAUCCCAAGUAUUGAUUUUUACGCUAAAAAUAAUAAUGGUAAUACUAUAUUAUAUGUGGCUGCUGAAAAAGCUGAAUUAGAGAUAAUUAAAAUUCUUAUAGAUAAAAAUCCCAAUAUCAUUAACGUUGGCAAUGAUAAUCACAACACACCCUUACAUGGAGCUGUUAGUAAGGCUCGUCUAGAUAUAGUAAAGUAUCUUAUAGAAAAAGGUGCCGAUGUUAAUGCUAAAGGUUAUGAUGGAUAUACCCCAUUGCAUCUUGCUGUUCGUUCUUCUAAUCUAGAGGUGGCAAAACAUCUUAUGGAAAAAGGCGCUGAUGUUUAUGCUAAAAAUAAUAGUGGAGAUUCCGUCUUGCACAGUGCUAUUAGCCCUUCUGAUUCCAAUUUAGAAAUAGUAAAGUAUCUCGUAGAAAAAGGUGCUGAUACUAGUGCUAAAAACAAUCAAAACAAAACUCCUUUGGAAGUUGCUCAAACAGAAUGUCCAAAUUGUACAAACAUUACAAAUUUCCUAAAAGGNCUUGUUGAUAAUGCUGGAUAUACAGAAACACCACAUUAUGUCUCUCAAGAUAAUAUGACAGCACCACAGAUAGAUACAACAACUUCUUCUGAUUUCAUUCAAGAAAAGACUACACAAAAGAGCCAUACUCUUGAAAAUCAUGAUGUUCAGCAUGUACUCACUACUGAAUCUGUAAAUUCAGCAACAAUGCCUCAAGGUUCAACACUAGUACUUGUUGAUAAUGCUGGAUAUACAGAAACACCACAUUAUGUCUCUCAAGAUAAUAUGACAGCACCACAGAUAGAUACAACAACUUCUUCUGAUUUCAUUCAAGAAAAGACUACACAAAAGAGCCAUACUCUUGAAAAUCAUGAUGUUCNAUACGAAGUUAUACGAUGUAAAUUCAGCAACAAUGCCUCAAGGUUCAACACUAGUACUUGUUGA